UAAGUUGUCUUUUCAUUACACUUCUUGCAUCGAAACACACUUGAAUCUGGCUCAUUCUAAACAAAAAUUAUAAAAUGUUUGUGGUCUCCCGUUUGUUAACCCAUGUUGGCAAACUGCCGCCCAUGGUCCAGCAGCUUGGAUACAUUAACCGCGGUCUCAAGGUCACCGUUGUGGGUUCGGUGGGUGGCAUUGGCCAGCCGCUGUCUCUUCUUCUCAAGCUGAAUCCGGACGUCUCGACCCUAUCGCUGUACGACAUUAAGAAUACAACCGGAGUGGGCGUAGAUCUAUCCCAUAUCAACACCCGUGCUACGGUGUGCCCGUUCGAGGGUAAGGAUGGUUUGAAAAAAGCUAUGGAUAAGGCUGACAUAGUGGUGAUACCGGCGGGCUUGCCACGUAAGCCCGGAAUGAAGCGCGAAGAUUUGGUGGACGUGAAUGCCAGCGUUGCCUGCGAAGUGGCUUUUGCGGCUAGUGCUGUUUGUCCCGGUGCCAUGCUGGCCUUCAUCACGAAUCCCAUCAAUGUGAUAGUGCCCAUCGUGGCCACGAUUCUCAAGGCAAAGGGUACCUACGAUCCGAAUCGACUAUUUGGUGUCACCAGUCUGGAUGUGGUACGAGCCCAGACCUUUGUGGCGAACAUCCUUAACUCCGAUCCACUGAAAGUGAAUAUACCCGUGAUCGGUGGCCAUACGGGUCGCACCAUCCUACCCAUCCUGUCGCAGUGCGAUCCCCCCUUCAAGGGCACAGAUGAGGAGCGCCAGGCGCUGAUCCAACGCGUCCAAAACGCGGGCACAGAGGUAGUUAAUGCCAAGGAUGGACUGGGAUCGGCCACCCUAUCGAUGGCUUUUGCAGCAGCUCGUUUUGUAAACUCAUUGAUAAAGGGUAUCAAGGGUUCGGAGGAUGAGUGCGUUGUGGAGUGCGCUUAUGUGGAGUCCGAUGUCACCGAGGCCCAGUUCUUUGCCACACCCCUGAAACUGGGACCCCAGGGUAUCGAGGAAAAUAAGGGAUUGCCCGACUUAGACGAUGAGGAGCAGAAAUCUUUAGAAUGCAUGCUGCCCAUUUUGAUGGAGAGUAUCGAAAAGGGCAUCAAAUUGGGCGAGGGUAUGAUGACCAGUUGCGUAUAACAGUGGUAAUACAACGUACAUAGUUUAUUCAGAUUUUUGUUAACUGUGCCUAAUAAAUUAUUUUGUUAUUUUGA